AUGAGUGGCUGCGGGAGGAAGGCCCUGACCCUGCUGAGCAGCGUCUUUGCUGUCUGUGGCCUGGGUCUCCUGGGCAUUGCGGUCAGCACCGACUACUGGCUCUACCUGGAGGAGGGCGUGGUCCUGCCCCAGAACCAGAGCAUGGAGAUCAAGAUGUCCCUGCACUCGGGCCUGUGGCGUGUCUGCUUCCUCGCAGGUGAGGAGCGGGGACGCUGCUUCACCAUAGAGUAUGUGAUGCCCAUGAACACUCAGUUGACAUCAGAGUCCACAGUCAAUGUUCUAAAAAUGAUUCGCUCAGCCACACCGUUCCCCCUGGUCAGCCUCUUCUUCAUGUUCAUUGGGUUUAUCCUGAGCAACAUCGGACACAUCCGUCCCCACAGGACAAUACUGGCCUUUGUCUCUGGCAUCUUUUUUAUUCUCUCAGGCCUCUCUCUGGUGGUGGGCCUCGUGCUCUACAUCUCCGGCAUCAACGAUGAGAUGCUCAACAGGACCAAGGACACAGAGACCUAUUUCAACUAUAAGUACGGGUGGUCCUUCGCCUUCGCUGCCAUCUCGUUCCUUUUGACGGAGAGCGCGGGGGUGAUGUCCGUGUACCUGUUCAUGAAGCGGUACACCGCCGAGGACUUGUACAGGCCCCACCCCGGCUUCUACCGGCCUCGCCUGAGCAACUGCUCCGAUUACUCAGGCCAGUUCCUACACCCGGACGCCUGGGUCCGGGGCCGCAGCCCCUCCGACAUCUCCAGUGACGCCUCCCUGCAGAUGAACAGCAACUACCCAGCCUUGCUCAAGUGCCCCGACUAUGACCAGAUGUCAUCUUCCCCCUGCUGAGCCUCACCACCUUCCUCCCUGGACUGUGGAC